AUGCGAGAGACCCAUCGUAGUUCACGAUCCCGUUCUCCUCAUCGACAUGAAGGCAAGAGAUCCCGCCAUCGAUCCCGGUCACCUCAGCACACCUCCCCGAGAGUGGCCCUGCCCUACAAUGCCCGCGAGAUCUCGCGCCAUGACCUAGAUCUAUAUCGACCAAUGUUCGCAGUGUACCUCGACAUACAGAAACAAUUGGAGAUUGUCGACCUCGACGAGACCGAGGUGAAGGGCAGAUGGAAAAGCUUUGUGAAGAAAUGGAAUCGUGGAGAACUAGCGGAGGGUUGGUAUGACCCGAAGACACUCGAGAAAGCCCGCACAUCUGUCCAGACAUCCAAGGCUCCAGCAACAAACACUCAAGAGGCCGACGCUGGGUCGGGCGACGACGACGAAUACGGUCCUCCGCCGCCAACCUCAAUUGGUCCGUCGCGGAAUAACACUACUGUCCGAGACACGGCUUUUGGAGCAUCUAUACCCUCCUUGCAGGAUCUCCGAGCGCGAGAUGAACAGGCGCAAGAAGAAGCGGCCUCGGCCCGAGGCAAGCAAAGAGAGGGCCUUCGUCACGAACGGAUAAUAGACCGGAAACUGCAGAAGGAACGGCUCGAGGAGAUCGCACCCCUCGCCGAGCCAGGGACUCGUGAACGCCAGCUUGAGAAGAAACGAGAAAAGGCCGACUCCAACCGGGCGUUUGCCACGGCUAAGGAAGACGGGGAUGUGGAGCUCAAAGAAGCCGACGUCAUGGGCGAUGAGGAUAGUCUGGGCCAGCUGAAGAAGAUGCAGAAAGAAAACGAGCGGCGGAAGAACGAGAGGGAAAUCCGCAAAGAGGAGAUCAUGCGGGCGAGACGUGCAGAGACAGAGGCGCGACUGGCGAAAAUGAAAGAGAAAGAAGACCGCACGAUGGCUAUAUUCAAGGAGAUUGCAAAGGCUAGAUUCGGUGGAGGAGCAGGCGACGAACAGUCAUGA